GAAUUUUUAAAAUAAGGUUAGGGUUUUAAAUUUGAAUUUCAUUUGUUUUAAAAUGUGUGGUAUUAUUUUGAUAAUAACUAGAAAUUAUAAGUCAGAAAUAAAUUUAUUGGAACUGUUUCAGAUCUUUCGAGAAGUAAUUUCCAGAAGAGGUCCAAAUUCUUUGGGAAUAGAAUUAUUUACCACGAAAGAUAAUAUUCAAUUAUUAUUUGCAGCUACUGUCUUGUGGUUACAGGGAGAACAAAUUACGAAACAACCUGUCAUAAACAAAACUUCAAUUCUUAUAUACAAUGGGGACAUAUUUCAAGGAAUUCCUGAGGAAUGUAAAUACCAGAUAGGAGAUACUAAAUAUAUUUUUGAUUUAUUAAAUGGAGUUGAACCUAGUGAAGUACAUGAAAAACUUUACGAAUUACAAGGUCCAUAUGCUUUAAUUUUUUAUGAUAAAUUGAAAAAUGACAUUUAUUUUGGGAGAGAUAAAUUUGGCAGGAGAAGUAUGCUCAUCGGAAAAGGUCGGAAUUCAAUAAUUUUAACUAGUGUUGCAAAGAGAAAUAGUGAUUUUAAUUUUAUGGAACUUCCAUCUGUUGGAACGUUUAUUUGGAAUCUAAUAUCAAAUGAUAUAGUUUUAUAUCUCUUUAGUAACAAUAACUAUUCUCAUAAAAAAAUAAUAGAAUUGGAAGAGUUUAUUGAACAAAAGAUUCACAUUGUUUCCACUCCAACUAUAUCAAGUUUACAGUUCAGAUACCCUAAUGCUGAACAGUUUAGUAUAUUAGAAUCAAUAAUAGGUAAAAGUGGGGAAGAAGUCUUUCAAAUUUUACUGAGUAACAAUGAAUGGCUCAGCAAAGUAACACAUCUCCAUUCUCUUUUGAAAGAUUCAGUUGCAAGAAGAAUUUUAGGUCAACCCAAAUUUUGUUCAAUGUGCAUCAAAGAUAAAAUUCAUUGUAGCCAUUCUUCACUUGGUGUUUUAUUUUCUGGAGGAGUAGAUUGCUCCAUAUUAACACUUUUAUGUAAUGAAUUUGUAAAUAAAGAUAAACCUAUUGAUUUAUUUAAUGUCGCUUUUGAUGCAAUUAAUGGAUUCAAAACACCUGACAGGUUAACAGGUUUAGAAACGUUGCAGGAAUUGAAACAACUAUGUCCAAAUAGAAAAUGGAGAUUUAAAGAAAUAAAUAUAAGCAAAAAAGAGUUAGAUGAAAAAAGGGAUGAAUGCAUAGCAGAUUUAAUUCAUCCCUUGAAAACAGUUUUGGAUGAUAGUUUAGGUUGUGCUCUUUGGUUUGCAAGUAGAGGAGAUGAUGAUUCCCACUGCAGGGUGCUCUUUGUUGGUAUGGGUGCUGAUGAACUUUUUGGAGGUUAUACCAAACAUCGCGCUGCUUUUAAAAGAGAAUCCUGGCUGGGAUUACAUAAUACAUUAGUCGAGGAUUGGGAUAAUUUACCAUAUAGAAAUUUAGCUAGAGAUGACAGAGUUGUAUCAGAUCAUGGUAAACAGCUUCGAACGCCUUAUUUAGAUGAAAAUUUAGUUAAUUUUGUUCAUAAUCUACAAUGUUGGGAAAGAUCAUAUCCAUCUGAAAAAGUUCCUCAAGGGCUUGGGGAUAAAAUUCUUCUCAGAAGUUUGGCGUACCAUCUAGGAUUGCGAAAAGCAGCUUUUCUAAAAAAACGUGCCUUACAAUUCGGAUCUAGGAUAGCUAAUAAUAAAGAAGUAGCCCAUGAAAUAUCUUCCAGAUUAGGAUAAAAGGAAUCACGUUAUAUAAAAGAAAUUUGUAUACCUAUUAAUGGUAUAUAUACAGUCAGGAAAUAUUGUAUUGCUCUUGAAGGAGAUUACAUUCAUAAAUAAAUCGAUUUUUGGCAAAAAA